UCAUCGUUUAUUGGCAUUGUGACCGCCAUCAUUGGAAACAUACUCAUCUCAUUUGCUCUCAAUACGCAACGUUAUGCACAUAUAAGGCUUGGCAGAGAUCAGCCAGCUCCUACUUCGUCGUACCGUGAUGAUCCGGAAGCUGAAGGCCUUGAGAUAUCUUCUCCGUCACGCCGAUUCGGACCUAAAGUACGGGAGGCUCGAAGCUCUGAGAAACUGGACGAACAUCUUCCACGAAAGUCAUAUCUCAAGUCUCCGUAUUGGUGGGCUGGCAUCAUCCUUAUGGUCGUUGGAGAAGCUGGCAACUUUCUUGCCUAUGGAUUUGCGCCAGCCUCCAUUGUCUCCCCACUUGGAGUUGUCGCUUUGAUUUCAAACUGCAUUAUCGCGCCCUGCAUGCUCAAGGAACGAUUUCGAAAACGAGAUUUCUGGGGUGUGCUCAUAGCUAUUGGUGGUGCCGUGACAGUCGUUUUGAGCGCAAAACAGGAAGAGCAGAAGCUAGGGCCGGGCGAUGUCUGGCAGGCGAUUACGAGGUGGGAGUUCGAGACAUAUCUUGGUAUAACCGUUGCUUUGAUUUCAGUCUUGAUGUGGGCAAGUGGCAGAUAUGGAGAUAGGACCAUUUUGAUUGAUUUGGGGCUGGUUGGGUUAUUUGGAGGUUACACGGCCCUAUCGACCAAGGGAGUCGCUUCUCUCCUUUCAUACACCUUUUGGCACAUUAUUACUUUCCCCGUGACGUAUCUCCUUGUGGCGAUCCUCAUUUCGACUGCCUUGCUCCAGAUUCGUUAUCUGAACCGCGCGCUACAACGUUUCGAUUCGACCCAGGUCAUUCCAACGCAGUUUGUCCUCUUCACACUUUCUGUUAUCAUCGGUAGUUCCAUUCUUUACCGGGAUUUUGAAUCUGCUACACCUUCUAGAAUAUCAAAGUUUGUUGGCGGGUGCGCCUUGACCUUCCUAGGGGUAUAUUUCAUUACUAGUGGAAGGGUCCAUGAAACAAGCGACGACGCA